CUCAAAUUCGGCUCGGGCCAGUCACCAUCAAAUUGAAGCCCAAAACGAGGAAAAGUUUCUCUUCAUCAGAUUCAGAUUCUGAAAAAUCUCAAUUCGCCCAAUUAAUUUCAAUUUCCUGCACGAUCUUUGCAUUUCUUUGGUGGUCAAGAGAAUAAGGGAAGGUUUGCACCAUUAUCACUUAGUUUCUACAUCUUCUAAAGCUAAAACAUGGCAGAAAAAGCAUGUGUAAAGCGCCUUCAGAAGGAAUAUAGAGCACUUUGUAAAGAACCUGUCUCCCAUGUUGUUGCCCGCCCUUCUCCGAAUGAUAUUCUUGAGUGGCAUUAUGUUUUGGAGGGGAGUGAAGGAACACCAUUUGCAGGUGGAUAUUAUUAUGGGAAGAUCAAGUUUCCUCCAGAAUAUCCGUUUAAACCCCCAGGAAUCAGUAUGACUACUCCAAACGGAAGAUUCAUGACACAAAAGAAAAUCUGCUUAUCUAUGAGUGACUUCCACCCAGAGAGUUGGAAUCCAAUGUGGUCCGUUUCAAGCAUACUGACAGGACUGCUCUCAUUUAUGAUGGACAAUAGUCCUACCACAGGCAGUGUAACAACAUCAGUUGCUGAGAAAGAGAAGCUUGCAAAGGCGUCUCUGGCUUUUAAUUGUAAAAACCCAACCUUUAGGAAAUUGUUUCCCGAGUAUGUGGAGAAGUAUGAACAGCAGCAGCUACCCGCCCAACCUGUUCCAGAGCAGGUAUCAUCCGUGCCAACUCAAGCAGAAGAGUCUAGACCAUUGUUGGAUGAACAUGGUAAUUCCACCAAGGAUGACGUGAAUAGAGUGAAGCCUAUAAAAGAUGUCAAAAACCGACAGAGGCAAUCUUUCCCUACUUGGUUGUUGCUGUUGCUAGUUUCAAUUUUUGGUGUUGUAAUGGCCUUGCCUCUGCUUCAGCUUUGAUGAAUGGAAUCUUGCCGAGUGCACUAUGCUGAAGAACAGAGCACGGUAUAUCACAGAUAUGUAGUUAUCCCGCUCUGGGUUCCUGAUAUUUGCUUAAUUGUGUAGGUCCUUCAUUUACCUAUGGGAGAUUGUAUAGGCAGGGCAAGAUCAAACUGAUCUUUAAUCUAGCUAAUAUGCUUUUCUUUCCUAUUGCGGACGUCAGUGGAAAGAUAACAUUAUGUGGUUUUAUGAUGAAGGGCUCAGAGUUGUAAUUGUUCGCUUUUUCCAUUUAGUUUUGAAAUGUAGGUUUAUCGCU